CUCUACUGUUCUAUACCUUAGUCAGAUUUUGACGUCGUUAUAGAGUUACAAGGUUAUCAUACGGUGGAAUGGACUCCAGAAAGAGUAAUAAACCUCUGAUGGAGAAGAGACGCCGAGCGCGGAUUAACGAGUGUCUGAACCAGCUAAAGUACUUGGUCCUGCAAGCCAUGAACAGAGAUGGCUCUGCGUAUUCCAAGCUAGAGAAAGCAGACAUCUUGGAGAUGACAGUGAAGUUCUUGCGGGGAUUACAGAGACAGAGUCUGAUAAUGUCUGCCGCCUUCGAGCCCAAUGUCGUGGAAAAAUUCAAGACAGGUUUCAGCGAGUGUACCACCGAGGUUCAGCGGUACAUGACAUCCGUAGAGAGCGUCGACCCCGACCUUCAGCUAAGACUUGUCAACUACUUAGCAAACUGCGUUAACGGAAUGUCCGUUGCCACGACAACCAUGCGACAACACACGUUUUCCCUGUUUCCGGUCGCGCAUGCUCAUCGCAUUUCAGCGCCGUUUCCGUAUCCGGUUGCUCCUCAUCCGCCUGGAGGGUUCCACAUCCCCGGGGCGGUCCCCAUGUUCAGAACCCCUCCCUCACAUACUAUUACACGGACUGAUAUGGAGUCGACCCACAACGAACAUCCCCAGGAAAAUCAGGCUCCAAGCAGUUUGUUCAAAGAGUCUGUUGCACCAUCGGGCGAUCAGUUUCAUUUAUCAAAAAAUAAAUUGGGCGAUGGAGAUGACAGUGUUCAAAGUGUGUUUAGUAGUUGCUUGCCCUCAUCAUCAAAAUCGCAAUCUAAUGAUCAUCUAACUAAUACUGCUUCAGAACAACAUUUAAACAAUGAUUACUCCUCUGUGUUACAAACAGAAAAACGAAAUUUGAAAUGCAGGCAUGAGAGAAUUUAUAACAGUGUCAAUGAGUCCAAAGGUCUGCAAGUUACGUCAUCCGAGACUCAAAUGUCGUCUGCUUCCGGAAUAGCGGUGCAUGGUGGGACACCAACAUGUGAUCAAAGCCAAAAAAUGCCGGUAUUUAUGACUUCCGAUGAAGCAGCUACUAAAUUUGGUGCAAAUUUCGAUAAGUCAGAAAGGCAUCAUACGGCAAGUGGAUCAGCGAUUAAAUUGUCUGAAGUAUCAAUAAAAGUAGAACGCUUUGAGGAGGACGAAUAUGAAGAAGCUGUCCAGACUGCGCAAGCUCACAUCGACAUUGAAAGUAUACUUCAUCAGUUGGAUGAUCACGUAACACCUGGAAAAUGGCCACGUGUCUGUAAAUGAUGGUGAGGUUAAUGAUGGUGAAAUGACAGUCCAUAACGGUAGAGAUUCCAACAAGACCGCUGAAAGCCCUGCUAACCACGGUGAUGAUACAGAUGGUGAAGGCGGUGAGAAUGUGUGGCGUCCUUGGUAAUCAGCAUUGAUUUCCUCAGUUCAACCACGUCUUAUAAACAGUCCAGUGCUUAUAAUAAUGAUAAUAAUUACCAUUAUUAUUAUUAUUAUUAUUAUUAUUAUUAUUAUUAUUAUUAUUAUUAUUAUCCAGCAAUGCUAGCACUGAAUGAUCAACAUGAGUACAAUAUAGUAGCUGAAGAGAUGCUGGGCUUAGAGCGAAAGCAACGCUAAACAUGGGGCAAUUAUACGUUAUACAGUGGAUAAUACAUGUAUGCCUACAAUAUAUG